CAGUGGGCGGGGCAAAGGGUUGUCUAACACGGCGACGAGUGGUCGGAAUCUUCCUCCCUCUCCUUUCCUUCCCUUUCCCCUCCCAGGAAAGGCUGGGACACGGCACCGGGACUGUUCCGUGGCCGCUGCGGCUUCAGCUCCAGCCGCGCUGGUGUACGGAGAGUUCAGACCGCUUCCAGGGCGGUGAAGAAAUGAGAAACUACAUGUCUUGCUAAAAGUCAUACACUUGGCAAAGCUGGGACCAGAACCCAAGUCUCCUGACUCCUGGUCCUCUCAGUUGAAAAAUCCUGUUUUGUUCUGGCCAAGGGAUCAUUGAGAGUGCUCCUGAUUGUGACAUCACAUUCAUCCCCUUGGCGAUGGAGUUUGUCACUAGGAAGGAAGACUCAGUUGAAGAAUAGCCAACAGGAUGGGUUACUGGGAGCGUCUCCUGAGUGGCACUGGUUGGAAGCAUCAGGGGGUUGGAGCCUUGUGAACAGGGAACCUGCCCCCCAACACUUGGAAGGACCUGGGUUUUAGUGAUGAGACAUGGGGUAUGAUGUAACCCGUUUCCAGGGGGAUGUUGACGAAGAUCUUAUUUGUCCUAUUUGCAGUGGAGUCUUGGAGGAGCCAGUCCAGGCACCUCAUUGUGAGCAUGCUUUCUGCAACGCCUGCAUCACCCAGUGGUUCUCUCAGCAGCAGACAUGUCCGGUGGACCGUAGCGUUGUGACGGUCGCCCACCUGCGCCCAGUACCUCGGAUCAUGCGGAACAUGUUGUCAAAGCUGCAGAUUGCCUGCGACAACGCUGUAUUUGGCUGCAGUGCUAUUGUCCGGCUUGACAACCUCAUGUCUCACCUCAGCGACUGUGAGCACAACCCAAAACGGCCUGUGACCUGUGAACAGGGCUGCGGCCUGGAGAUGCCCAAAGAUGAGCUGCCAAACCACAACUGCAUUAAGCACCUGCGCUCAGUGGUACAGCAGCAGCAGACACGCAUCGCAGAGCUGGAGAAAACCUCAGCUGAACACAAACACCAGCUGGCGGAGCAGAAGCGAGACAUCCAGCUGCUGAAGGCAUACAUGCGUGCAAUCCGCAGUGUGAACCCCAAUCUUCAGAACCUGGAGGAGACAAUUGAAUACAAUGAGAUCCUAGAGUGGGUGAAUUCUCUGCAGCCAGCAAGAGUGACCCGUUGGGGAGGGAUGAUCUCGACCCCAGAUGCUGUACUCCAGGCUGUAAUCAAGCGCUCCCUGGUGGAGAGUGGCUGUCCUGCCUCUAUUGUCAAUGAGCUGAUUGAAAAUGCCCACGAGCGGAGCUGGCCCCAGGGUCUGGCUACACUAGAGACAAGACAGAUGAACCGGCGGUACUAUGAGAACUACGUGGCCAAGCGCAUCCCUGGCAAGCAGGCUGUUGUCGUGAUGGCCUGUGAAAACCAGCAUAUGGGUGAUGACAUGGUGCAGGAACCGGGGCUUGUCAUGAUAUUUGCGCAUGGCGUGGAAGAGAUAUAGAUCUCAGCGGGCUGUCAGGAAGAGAUGGAAAUCAGAAAAUCUCAUCACUCCAGUAGCUGGGCCCUGAGUCCUCUCCACUGUCCUUAAUAUUGUGGCGUACACUUGAGCCACACAUCUCCCUCCUAUUCUGGCACUGAAGGGCCCUGGGGCACUUCGCUUAGCCUUUCAGGUGGGAAAUCCAGAUCCCUUCCUUUUGCCUAAUUACUUCCCCUAAGAUGUCUGUAAAUUUUCACUCUGGUUGGGAAAGUCCCUACCUCUAUAUCUAUUUCCCUGCCUAGGGUUCCUGGUUCCAGAUAUUUUCAGAAAGCACAAAAUAUUCAUUUUCUCUAGAGGAUCAGGAUGGAGUGAGGAGACUUUAAUCAUUCUCUCCUCCAAAACCAGGGAAUCUGAGCAGGCAGGCCUGUUGACUAAACAUCUUUCAGAGAACAGCUCUGGGGAACAGACAUCUUAAAGAAUUGUUAAGAGUGGAACAGGGUAGAACCAAAGCCCUAGAGAUAAAUAAUGAGGCCAGUAACUGGCCAUCACUGAUGGUCCCUAGGGGAAGACUGGACCUCUGUGCCAAGCAAUACCUUGUUUAGCCCACCUUACAGGUGCAAGCUCCCGCUGGUUCUGCAGGUAUGCAGGUUGGGAUGCUGAAAUUUUCCAGAUGAGCUCUUUCCUACACUUUCUCUUAAUUAGGGAAUGACAGGAGUGGGGGUAGGGGGUUAGUCUGUUGGGGUGAAUAUGCUUAGCAAGAAGCAGCUCUCUGGCUUUUGCUGAAAUUGGGUAGGCACUGCCUCUGUGGCACAGGCCUAAUAGUUCCAUAGACCCCUCUCCAGCCCUGUGAUUGUAACUAAUUUUGAUAAUUUCCUUUGGCCAUUGUUACUUGUUUAUAUUUUACUCCUUCCCUCCCACUUUUUUUUUUUUAAGAAUGGCCUAGUUAUGGCUACCCCAUGUUUCCAGCCCUGCCACAUUGUUGGCAAUUUAAUUUAUUUACUUUUUUUUUAAAGAAAGGAAAAAGAAAAAAAAUUAACAAAACUUAAAACUUUUCUUUUGCUGUUCCUAUGGUGGGGAUUCUGGAUAGGGUGGGAUGGGUGGGGUCUAUUAUAUAUUUUUCCCUUUCAGCACAACCUUUGGCUUUAAUAUAGGAAAGGCCAAGGGAGUCCUUGGCUGAACUUAUGUCUGCCCUAACCCUCCAUAACCCCAUCUGAGAUGAGGAGCUUCCUCUAUUUCAGUGAUGGCUGUGACAGUCCAACAUUGAUGCCUCUGCCCUCUGGAGAAGUUAGUUCCUGACCCUUCCAGGGUCACUUUUAUUAAUUUUGAAGAAAUCCCCCAUCCCAUUUUCUUGGAGAUAUAUAGCUGGGUUCUAAGCUAUACUAAGCAAGGUGGGAUAGAAAUUAUGUCUUUGUCUUUUGAGUACAGGCUGUGCUCUGUCUCACCCAUGCUCUCUAAGGUGACUGGUAGACUAAGAGAAGGGGAGGGGUAGUGGCUGUGGAUAUUCUAAUAUGCAGGUGGGAGUGGGGUUUAAGAGAGAUGCCCAUAUAACAGCUUCCCUUCUUUUUGGAGUGUUAUUUCAGGCCAGCUUGCUGUAGGUCUGGGUAGUAGGGUCAUGGAUCCACUGGGAUUGGAGUGGAAGGAUACAGCUCGAAGGGAGUAAGGAGCAGUCAUAUGUUCCAGCUCCAGGACAUUGUGCUCAGGAAUUUGAAAACGCUGCUAUAAUCUGGUUACUGCAUUUCUUCUGUUUCCCAUUGCCCCUGCCCGCCUUACUAAGGCCCAUACCCUCCUAUCAUCACCUUCAGAUGGAGCCAGGAAGCUCAGUUAAGGCUUCCCCACCCUUUGCACUAGUGUCUCUGCAGGUUGCUGGUUGUGUUAUAUGUGCUGUUCCAAGGUAUCGACUGCACUAAUAAAUCUUUCACUCAACUCUCUAAAUUCUUAAUUCAAUAUCACUCCCCUUCUUUUGAAGGUUUCUUUUCUGCUUUGGCCUUUUUCUCACCUUAAAUCUCCUUACUUCUUCCUUGGUUUGUAACCUACUCUUGUCUUGGAAAUAACCUAUUUCAGGAGGUUGUCUGCAAGUAAUGGGCAUGUCACAUCUUCUUUGCCUUGUGUGCCCUCCUAAGUUCUUCCUUCCUGUUUUCUAUUCUGUAGCAGCCAACACUCUGUCUCCAGUGGUCUGAACUGUGUUCUUCCAGGGUGCCUGUGCCCCAAAUUCCAUGUCUUGCCUAAGUGCUCCUGGGUUUUUGGGACACUUUCCACAAAAGAUAAGCACACACCUUUCUCCCUUGUCCCACCUUUCCCUGGGAAUCUAGGAUUCCAUUGCAGGCAGGGAAGCCUCUACGCCCCAAUGUCUCAGUUUAACCAGGAAAGUUAACCAAAGUAAAGGAACCCGGAACGACUACCUGCUGUGCUUAUCAAACCUGGAUAAACCCUUUUUUUGCUGCCACCUUCUUCCAGUCAUGAAAAAAAGAAAACAUUCUUUCCUCCCAGAACUAUAUUUUAAAUUGAUGUUGAGCAUUUAUCAUGCACCUAAGGUAAACCUAAUAGUAUUCUAGAUAGUUUAGCAGGGUUAAAAGGUAUAAGGGCAUUCUUGUGCCGCCUGAGUCGUCUACACGUUCAUACCCACAAGGUCUGAUUCUAAAAUGAAGAUGAACACAUCACAAUAGAGAGCAUAAGGGCAAUAUAUACACUCUAGUGAUACCAAUAGUGCUUUUUUUUUUUUUGUAUUCAAAAUUACUUUCAGAACCUACUGCUCAUUCUUUUGAAUGUCAUGAAUAGUACCAAAUCUUCUUUUUAGGGUAGGUUUGGUUUUUGGAAACAACAGUCAUUGUUUUAUAAGGAACUCACUAGGGUGGGGAUGAAGGAGUAACAAAAUGGCACCUACCUUCAAAGACUGACUGGCUCCAUAAUGGAGAUGAGUAUAUGAUAAGACAUAAUAAAUGUGGUAAGUGGAUUUACAAGCAAUAUGUAAGCAAGGGGGCAGAUAAAGCCACUAAUUCUGAUGGGUACCAGGAAAGACUUUUUCAGAAGUAUUUGUUCUACGGCAAACUACAGCUUGCAUCCUGCUGUCUACUUUUGAAAAGUUAUUUUGGAACACAGCCAUUUUUAUGUGUUGUCUAUGGCUGCUUUUAGAUUACAACAGCAAAGUUGAGUAGUUGACAGAGCUAUGAGAGCCUAAAAUAUUUGCUAUUUGAUUCUUUAUAGAAAGUUUGUCAACUCAUUCUAGACUUGAAAGGUCAGGAGAGUGGGCAGGGAAAUGCAGAGGGUCAGUUGGUUUAAUUUUUUACUUCAGUGUAUAGAUUUGAAAAAUUAGAACAUUUUAUUCAUUGCCAAAAUUAUAAGCACUUGAAAUUAAUAUGUCCUUAAUCUAAUAUAAACCUAUAUUCACAUUUCCAAUUGUCCCAGGAAAAGUACUUGUAGAGCUAUUUUUUAUCCAACGCUGGAUCCGAUCCGGGAACCAUACUUAACAGGGAAUUUGUACUUUAGUUUUCUAGAUAAGUUUUUGAGAAGUGACUUCUAACUCAUGAUUCUAGUAGCAGUGGGAAGACAGUGAAAAUUGGUGACAUUAGUAAGCUUUGCAGUAAUUCAUUCAAGAGAAAAUUUGAGUUAGAAGUAGAGCAGGAAGGGAGGAUAAUAGACAGGGAGAAAAACUGAUAGGCCUUAGUAAUUGAUUAAAUUCACUCAGCCAACAUUUAUAGCACACCUGUCAUAUGCCAGAUGAGCUAGGCAUUUGAGAUACACAAGUAAUAAACAAGUCUUUAAAGGAAUUUGCAGCUUAGUAGAUGCACUUGAACAAAUAAUGGGGGAUACAGAAUAGUUUGUUACUAAUAGAUAAGGACUAAGUACAAUGUACAACAAGAAGGAAAGGGGUCAACUACUUACCUAACAGGACACAGGAGGGAACGCUUCUCAGAAGAAUCAUUGGAGCGGAGUUCUGAAGAGGAUCAGAUAUUGGCUGUGAGUAAAGGGGGUAACAGCCAGAUUGAACAUUUACUAUUCUAUGUAUUAACUAUCUAGUCAUCCUAACUUUAUCAAAAUGCACUAUUAUCAUCUCCACUUCUCCAUUUUCUAUGUAGGAAAACUGAGACAAAGGACAUAAUUCACACAGCAAUUAGAACUGGGUUUUUAACCCAGAAAGUCAUUCCAGAGCCUGAGCUCAUAACCACUGCACUUAACAAGGGGCACAUUACCAAAGAUGAGUCACAGAUAGACAGGUUUCUAGUGUGUGUGAAUGAGAAGACAGUGUCAUUAACCUGAAUAGGGAGGAGAGGCUGAGCAGGUUUCAGGGGUGAAGUAGUGAGCUCAUGUGGGGAACAUUGGGUUGGAAGUACCUCCACAUAGAAGUGUUUAGAUAGUAAAUGGAAAUGUGAAUCUAGAGCUUACCACCAAGAAGUUAAGGUUAAAGAUGUGGAUUUGGGAGUUAUCUGCCCAGAGGUGAUCAAGAAAUUCUAGGAAUUAAUGUAAACAUAAAGGAGAGAACAGGAAGAAGGCUAAGAAUGGGACCUGGGGGAAUUCCACAAGUAAUCUAGAACAAAAUCUGGAAAAUAGAUUAAAUGAUAAAGUUGGCUAAUGUGUCAGCUUUUUAAAAAAGCAA